CUUGGUUCUUGUAUGGGCAUUACAGACCAAGGGGUUUCUGCAAUCUUCAGCAAUUGUCCAAACAUCUGCACGCUAAUCGUUACAGGUUGUAGGCAUCUGUCCGGUGCUGGAUUCAGAGGUUGUUCAAGUUCAUUGCGUUACCUUGAAGCCGAGUCUUGCAUGCUUUCUCCAGACGGUUUGUUGGAUAUAGCUAGUGGCAGUGGACUCAAGUAUCUGAACUUGCAGAAGUUAAGAAGCUCCACUGGUCUGGAUGGCCUCGGUAACCUUGCGCUCACUAAAAGCCUCUGCAUUCUGAAUCUCAGGAUGUGUCGCUACCUCACAGACGAUUCCGUGGCAGCAAUAGCCGGUGGGUGCCCGUUGCUCAAGGAGUGGAACCUUGCUCUUUGCCAUGGGGUCCAUCUACCUGGCUGGUCUGCGAUCGCGAUGUACUGCAGUAAGCUAAGAGUGCUGCAUGUGAACCGCUACCGGCACAUCUGCGACCAGAGCUUGCUGGCCCUUAGCAAUGGCUGUCCGCGCCUUGAAGCUGUGCAUAUCAAUGGUUGUGCCAAGGUCACCAACAAUGGCCUGGCCUUGUUUACCCUUUCCAGGCCCCACGUGAACCUUAGGGUGUAUGAAGUUAUGUCCAUUGGCCCUUCCAUUGAGAAUUUGUUCCGAUUGCAUUGAGGUGAAAUUGUUAGUUAGGUUUUCGAAGUUUGGGAUUAAA